CGGAGCAGCGGGCACCAGGCAACCAGGCAGGGCAGCAGGCACCAGGCCAUCUGGCUCGACAGCGGGCAUCGGGUCACCAGGUACAACAGCGGGCAACGGGUCAUCAGACAUUGGAUCGUCUUGCUCGACCGCGGGGCACCAGGUCAUCUGGCUCAACAGCGGGCAUCGGGUCACCAGGCAUCAGGUCAUCUGGCUCGACAGCGGGCUCCGAGUCUGGCACAACAGCGGGCAUCGGGUCACCAGGUA